GGUUAAUGGGCAAUGGGGCAAGAUGCCCCCCAGAAAAUCUAUUAUGGUUUCUGCAGAUUUGUUGUUGGAAUUGUUGGUGCAGAAAUGUCGAUUGGAUGAUUAUCUGAAUAGCACAACAGAUCACAUAGAAGAAGCUCCAUAUGAUGGUACACAUCUAAGUGAUGUCCUGGAAGCAAUCAAAGAAACAGACCCGGACUUCGUCAAAGAGUCACCAAAAAACCAGAGGCGCGUCAAAAAAUCAAUGUUAAACGGCGGGGGCCAAGUGGUGCAAAUGCCCCCACAGCAGUUGCACCAGCCAGGGGUGCAGCAAUCUACCCGAAACCGAGCAGAAGUGAGAAUUAUCGAACAACCAGCAUCGAAAGCCUUAAGGUUCCGGUACGAAUGUGAAGGUCGUUCCGCAGGAUCGAUUCCUGGUGCCAGCAGUACGCCUGAGAACAAAACUUUUCCGGAAAUCGAAGUGGUGGGUUACAAAGGCAAGGCCGUCGUUGUGGUUUCUUGUGUGACGAAAGACAUACCAUACAUGGUCCAUCCCCACAAUCUCGUCGGUAAAGAAGGCUGCAAAAAUGGCGUUUGCACCGUUAUAAUACCCGAAAACACGAUGCGCGCCCAAUUCCAGAAUCUGGGCAUCCAAUGUGUGAAAAAGCGAGAUAUUGAAUCAUCGCUGAGGCAACGUGAACAAAUCAGAGUUGAUCCUUUUAGACAUGGUUACGCUCACCGAAGUCAGCCUACUUCAAUCGACCUCAACGCCGUAAGAUUGUGCUUUCAAGUUUUCCUCGAAAACGAAAGAGACGGCAAAUUCACGACGCCCUUGCGACCAGUAGUCAGCGAUGUGAUCUACGACAAGAAAGCCAUGUCAGAUUUGACCAUCAUCAAACUGUCCGACUGUACCAGCUAUGUGGAUGGUGGCAGAAAAGAUAUAAUUUUAUUAUGCGAAAAAGUAGCCAAAGAAGAUAUCGAAGUCCACUUCUACGAAAAAAACCAGCAAGGUGAGGAAGUGUGGCACGGCAAGGCCGAUUUCCAACCAGGCCAGGUCCAUAAACAGCACGCCAUUUGGUUCCGGCCUCCGCGCUACAAAACCCUGGACAUUUCCGAGCCUGUCAGAGUCUUCAUCCAACUCUACCGACCUUCAGACCAACUGAAAAGCGACCCAUUGCCCUUUGAACUACUACCAUUAGACUCAGUAAGCACGAACGAAGGUCACGCUAAGCGCAAAAGGGCCAAAUUCGAUCAGGCGAACCAAAAAAUCAUUGGCGGACUUACUGAUAAACAUACAAAAGUCUAUCAAGAAGUAUUCGGAGCCACCGGCUACUUGGAACCGAUCAAAACCGAGCCAAGAGAUUCGACGUCUCCGUAUGGCAACACGCCACCUUACGGCGGUACGUCACCCUACGGCGGAGGCAUAAUGUAUCAGGAGGGCAGUCCCAACCAUCAGUACGUGCCGGCGCCGGCGCAUUCACCCCAGUAUAUGGAGUUGGCGCCGACGCCUUCGCCGGAAACCAUGAAUUACCCCUACAGACAUCAGCCGGUCAAUUUUAAUGCAGUACCACAACAAAUCAAACCAGACAAUAAUAUGUGGAACAUGCCGCCCCAACCAAACAACAACCCGCAACCAAUAGCGGCUUGGAACGCCCCAACUGGUUCCGGACAACCGCACCUUUUGGAUUUGGACAACCAGAUCAGUUCGGCUGAAUUGAACAAGCAAAUCAUCCAAAUGAACAUCCCUAAUGAGUUCGCCAACAUUUCCCUUACGGACAUCGAAUUCAAUUCGCAAAGUCACAACAUGUCGGACAGUUUGACGAACAUUGUUAACGAAGCGGUCGAUAAGAAUUUGGGUGGAUAAUAAUAUUGUCAUUGACAUACUUUUGGAAAGUUGGAAUUUACCUCUACAAUCAUAAUGGGACCCCUAGAAAGUAGCGGGUACGUUGUAGAGUCCAAAAGGCAUUGGUAAAGUCCACUUCUAGUGGAGAAUGCCAAUGAAAUUUGUCCACUACUAUGAAUUUUGAUCAAAUUACUGCUAUAGCUUUCCUAGUCGUACACAUUUAUGAUUAACUGGAUUAUAUAAUAAUAUAUAAAUCCAGAUUUUUAACAAAUUAUGUAUGUAUUAUCCUUAUAAUAACUCAAGACAAGAGCCGGUAAUGAUAAGAAAAAUCAGUGUUAGCUUGUUUCAAUUUCUAUUUUGCACUAAUUAAUAUUGUCACUCUCACUCUCAUCUUACACACACAAAUUGACAUGUAUAAUUUGACGUGAACAAAACUCAGAAAUACUCCAUUAUUAAAUAAUAUAUAGAUUUGUACAUAUCAUAUAGGUAUAAUUUAGGUGCCAAUUUUGUUAUUAACGAAUUAUUAUUGGUUAUUGUAAGGGCCUGUUUCUUGGCUAGCAGUUAAAGUUCCAGGUAAAUUGCGGUGCAACUUUAACUUUCUAGUUUUCCAUUGGACGUUUCUGUGAUUACGAAAAAACAAAUUUUUUUAAUUGUUAAUUUUUAUUGUGCCUGUAUUUUAUUAUUGUAAAUAAAUAAUAUUGAUUUUAGUUA